CUUAUUCUUCUGCACAAACACUAAAUGCUAUUCUCUCUCAAACCCACUCACCUUUCCUUUUCCUAACAGUACUGUUUACAUGCUUUCCUCCCCCACAGAAACAAUGAAAUGAAUUUGGUUGUUUUCUCUGCAACCCUCUCUUCUUUCGAUUCAGUGCUCAUGCACUACAAGAAAAUCAAUUAAAUCUGAGAAACCUUUUUGUUUCUUCUUACUGCAGCUUCUUGGAUCUUGGAAGAAACUGAUGAGCCCCUGCUAGCCGUUGAGAGAGCUCUUUUAACAAAGGGGGAAGAGUCCACUUGGCCUUUCCCUUUGAUCAGAGCCCUUCCUCAGAUCUAAUUAAGAGAGUUAAUUAAGGGAUCAAUUAAUCAAGCAUGUCAUCUUCGAGCUCCUCCUCUUCCUCCACCUCAAACUCCCCCUGCGCCGCCUGCAAGUUUCUGCGACGAAAGUGCAUGCCGGGCUGCAUCUUCGCCCCCUACUUCCCGCCCGAGGAGCCGCAGAAAUUCAUAAACGUUCACAAGGUGUUUGGCGCGAGCAACGUCACGAAGCUACUCAACGAGCUCCUCCCCCACCAGCGCGAGGACGCCGUCAACUCCUUGGCCUACGAGGCCGAGGCGAGGGUGAAGGACCCGGUCUACGGAUGCGUCGGCGCCAUCUCCGUGCUCCAGAGACAGGUCCAGAGGCUCCAGAAGGAGCUCGAGAUCGCCCAUGCCGACCUGCUCCGGUACGCAUGCGGCGAGAUCCCGACGGGGCAUCUGCAGCAGCCGCAGUCGGCGCAGCGCUUGGGGAGCUUGUACCAGAGAUCAGGUGAGUAUGGGAGGAGGGUUGGGAAUGGAGGAGGGGUGGGGGGGCCAUUGUUCAACCAGGGCUAUGGGGUGGUGGCAUCUCAUGUGCCUAAUUACCCUGCUACUGCUACUGCUACCACUACUCCAUGGUGCACAAGUGCCAACCCUUCAGGAGAGGGGAGUAUAAGCUCAGGAGAUCAUAUGGAUCAGAGCGAAGGAGGAGAGAGUAGUAUGUGAGCUACUCAUUGUGCGGGAGAGAUUAUUAAGUAUUGCUAUAGAUUCAACUGGGUAAGUAGCUAGCUUUUCUAUUAAAAAAAAAAAAAGAAAAGAAAAAAAAAACGAAGGUAAGUAAACUUAGGAUUUUUGAUCUUCAAGUUUAUCUCAUGUUGUAUGUGUCUGGGGACUCUUAUCUAUAUAUAUCAUGGGGACAAUGUUCUUCUCUAA